UGACCGGUAACUUCACCCAAAUUCGUCCCCAGAGCCUUCGUGGCCACACUGAUCAAGGAUCGAUAGAAGCAAAAGCCCUGGAAGCAAGAUUAGUUCAGUUUUCUGUUCAGCCUAAUGUUUUUUUCAGGUAUGCGUACAUUUUCCCAGCGGUUGUAAUCAGUGAGCUUUGUGAAAUGAAGCGUGAAACGGUCACACCUCCACCAGCAGUAACCUGCCACUUGUUUGAUUUCAGUGUAUUGACCUUGUCAAAUCACUUCAGGGGAUUUGGCGUUUUUUUUCCUCCAUCAUCAAAACAGAAACAAAAGAACUGAAUAACCUGAAAAUUAUUUGUUACCAAAGGUAAGUAAAAAACACAACCCAUCCAUAGAUGAGUGAUUAAUUUCACCGCUGGGUUUUGAUCUCUUUCAGUCGGAUGACGUUCCUAUUGGUUAGAGCCUCGCUUGCAUCACUAUGGCUGUUUGAGAAUCUUUGUAAAUAUUUCAAACCCAACUCUUAAAAUAACAGCAUGAUCUUAUUAGUAUAAAUACUGUUUUCUAACCACAGAACCCAUAAGCAGGGUCGUUCUAAGGACCAAGACGGGAGUAAACGUGAAAAAGUUACCUGGAAAAGCAAAGAUCGUAACAGCUUGAAAAUAAAUUGAAUUCGCAAUGCGCGAGCGAGGUUACAGGGCGGCGCCGGUUGAAGAUGGCAGCGAAUCAUUGUCUUCUAACUCAAAGUCCCGCGUCAGCUACCAGGGAAGCAGAAUGUGUAAUGGCAAGCUGUGUGCGAUCUUUUUAACACUAACUAUCGCCCUCGGAGCAAUUGUCCUCUUCAUUUUCUCCGCAUUUGUCCACGCCUCUGACAGCGAAAUUGAAUUCUACCGUCGCGCGGUUGACUACAUCACAAGGGAUCGAUUCACCCGUUCGGCAGACAGCGAGAAGAACUUCCCCCGCAAGAAUAUUUUGCUACCCAAGGAUAUCAAACCAGAGAGAUACCAAGUUUACCUUCAUCCAAACUUAACGACCUUUGAUUUCCACGGAGGAGUUAAGAUUGAUGUCACCGUCGAGAAGCCAACGAGAAAUGUCCUCCUUCAUGUUAAACACUUAAACAUCACAAGUUACGGUAUCGAGGACUCCAAGGGAAAUCACCUUCCUGUUUUGCGAGUAGCAGAGAGCAAGAAACUGGAGCAAUAUUUGGUUGAGCUGAGAGAUGAACUAACACAGGGAGAAAAAUAUACGGUAAAGUUUCAGUUUAAUGGCCAUCUGUCAAAUACAAUGACGGGCUUUUACAAGAGUUCAUACAAGACAAAGAGUGGAGAAAUAAGGUACAUGGCAACAACACAGUUUGAAGCCACAGAUGCCCGAGCUGCGUUCCCUUGUUUCGACGAACCUGAGUUUAAAUCGAAGUUUAUUGUGACCUUGGUGCACCAGAAGGAGUACAAAGCUCUCUCCAACAUGCCGGUGGAGCGGGUCGUGACUCGUCCUGAUGACGGCUUCGUGGAGAGCCACUUCGAAGAGAGUCUCAAGAUGAGCACAUAUCUACUGGCUUUUAUUGUGUGUGACUUUGCUUACAAGGAGUCUCACACGAAAAGCGGAAAGAAGGUAUGUAUGCUACGUUGCCUUCAUGCAUUUUUGUUCGCGUAGUACUGUUCUACGAUUAUCAGUUGCGUAAGGUGCGAUGGUGGUUUGGUGACCAGGUUUCAACUUCAAAUUGUGUUGUUGUCAAGGGCAACUGGCUCCGUUUCCAGUGGCAACUUGUCCGCCUUUGACGUCACUUGCGGCAAAACGCGAAAUUGUAGGCGACGAUCCCA